GCAAAAAUUUUGUACGAUAUUCAAACACUGGAAAUUUGCAAAGAUCCCGAGUACGCUCAUAUUGACAACAUGGUGAAGAAACUCAGAAUCUCAAGAUACAAUCGAACAGUUAAAAUGUUGGAAUUUCAUAUUGAGGCAAAAGAUCCCAUCGACAAAAAUGUCGAGGGAACAAUAUCGGCAGCGAAAUGGACGAAUGGAAAAUGGUUGAGUAUUCCUUUCAUUCCAUACAUACCGGACAUAUGCAAUUUUCUUUUUAAAAACUAUCCUGAUCAGGUGUCGUUCAUGACGACAGGUUUCGGAGAUGCUGACAGAUGUCCAUUUCCCGCAGGUAACCAUACACUACACAACUAUCCGAUGGUUACGAAAUUUGAAGUCAAUAGUUUAGUACCAAUAACUGGAAGAUUCAUGUUUAGAGUUAAAUUGAGAAAAAUACCAACUAAAAAACUUAUUUAUUGUAUUGAAGGUACUACCCUACAAACAACACUGUAA